AUGACUUUCUGUUUCACUGGUGUUCGAAGCUUUCCUAAGCUUUGGAAGAGCAACCCAUACCUUGGCCUAAGUCCAGGACACUCUUAUCUCUCUCUCUUUCUCAAAGACUGUUAUGGCAUCCGGAACCAACAGAAGUGGUUUUCUGUUAAAACAGUGUGUGCACAAAAUACUAAAGCAGUGAAUCUGCUGACUGCCAAGGCCAGAUAUCUCAGGAAAGGAGAUGAAGGCAGUAAUAUGCAAGUUUCUUCUGAGUCCCACCUUUUUGCAGCUGGAGCGGCUAAGAAGAGAUCAGAGAUGAAUCCUCAUAAGGAAGAUCAUGCCUUGCCACCUGUGAGGAACAGUAUUCAACUCCCAACAAAACCUUUGAAUUCAGAAGAGUGGGAUAAACUCAAGGAAGAUUUCAAAGGAAAGGCUAAAUUUGAAAGUUGGAUCAUUUCUCAAAUGGCCCACUCCCAUAGCUCUGUAGACGUGGCCAAAUCUCUGUUAGCCUGGGUAGCUGGAAAAAACAAUGGUAUUGUAGGCUAUGAUUUGCUGGUCAGGUAUUUGUAUCUCUGCGUCUUUCAUAAGCAGACAUCGGAAGUUAUUGAUGUCUAUGAGAUCAUGAAAGCCAGAUACAAGAGAUUAGAAUCUGAAGGGUAUACUCUCCUCAUCCAGGGAUUAGUCCACUCAGACAGAUGGAAAGAGGCCUUGCUGCUGUUAGAGGAUGUCAAAAAAGUCAUGAUCGCUUCAAGAAAGAACUACAAUGACUGUAUAGAGGGAGCCCUCCUUCAUCAAGAUGUAAACCUAGCUUGGAAUUUGUAUCAGGAAUUGUUAGGUCAUGAUCUUAUUCCUAUGCUGAAAACCUUAAAGGCAUUUUUUGAUUUUGGAAAAAACAUAAAAGAUGAUCAGUAUUCAAACAAGCUACUUGACAUUCUUUUGUAUCUAAGAAAUAAUCACCUGUAUCCUGAGGAAUCAUUUGCACAGAGUAUAAAAACAUGGUUUGAGAGUGUUCCCGGAGAACAAUGGAAAGGACAGUUCACAACAGUCAAGGAAAGCGGUCAGUGUUUGGGCUGUGGAAAAACCAUGGAGUCUAUUCACCUGAGUCCAGAAGAGUAUGAAUUUCUUAAGGGCAAAAUCAUGAGGGAUGUGAUAGAUGGAGGUGAUCAGUACAAAAAGACAACACCUCAGGAACUCGAGAGAUUUCAGAACUUUGUAAAAUGCUGUCCUCCUUUUGAUAUUGUCAUCGAUGGGCUCAAUGUUGCCAAAACAUUUCCUAAAGCUCGUGAAUCUCAAGUUCUCUUGGAUGUGGUCUCUCAACUAGCCAAGCAGAAUGUGCAGCUGCUGGUCCUGGGCCGAAAGCACAUGCUAACACAGCACUGGAGGUGGAGAAAGGAUGAGAUGAAAAAGGUGCAAAAGCAAGCCAGGUGCUUCUUUGCUGACAACAUCUCAGAGGAUGAUCCGUUCCUUCUGUAUGCCACACUGCACUCGGGGGACCACUGCAAAUUUAUCACAAAAGAUCUGAUGCGGGACCACAAGGCCUGUCUACGUGAUGCCAAGACCCAGCGCCUCUUCUUUAAGUGGCAGCAGGGACAUCAGCUAGCAAUUGUUAAUAGGGUUGCAGGAUCAAAAAUAACCUUUCAGCAUAUCCCCUGUUAUGACACAGUGGUGCAAACAACUGGAGACUCGUGGCACAUACCAUAUGAUGAAAACACAGUGGAAAGAUACUCCUAUGAAGUGCCAACCAAAUGGCUUUGCCUUCAGCGAAAGACAUGAAGACUCUCCCCCAUGCUAAACUUGUGUUUGGGUGCCCUUCUGGUUGGCAUCAGAGCACUUCAGUCGAUGCUUGUUUAGCAGUGCUCCUGUGUGAUCCACUCUGUCCUGUUUGGUCC